AUGAAGAGGAAGUCAAGUAUAUUCUGGAAGAGAUUCAUGAAGGGGUUCGCGGAGACCAUGCAGGCUCUAGAUCCUUGGUUGGAUGACGCUAAGGGGGCCUGGCCAGAAGAGUUGCCCAAUGUCUUGUGGGCUUACCGGACUACAGCAAGAACCCCAAUAAGAGGAACCCCUUUCAGACUCACUUAUGGCACUGAGGUAGUAAUCCCAGUCGAAGUGGGAAUGAGCAGUAUCAAACGAGAAAUGUUCCACAAGGACAGCAACGAUGAUCAGCUAAGAGUCAACUUGGACGAAGUCAGAGACGGAGCCACUAACAAGAUGACGAAGUAUCAGCAGAAGAUGGCCAAUUACUACAACAAGAGAGUGAAGCUCAGACGACUUGACACAGGGGACCUCAUCCUACGCAAAGUUACCCCGGCGACCAGAGAUCCUGCCCAAGGGAAACUUGGCCCAACUUGGGAAGGACCCUACCAGGUCGGCCAUUACUCCAGACAAGGCAGCUAUCACCUAGAAACCUUAGACGGGCAGAGACUCCUACGACCAUGA